CAUGAGUCGUAGGCAGAUAUGGUUCUCUCUCUCUCAUGGCGGACUGGAGGUCAAGGGGACUAAGUGGAUGAGGUCAAGUCAGCUCCUUAUGUCUUGAAAACCAAAACAGUAAACUGAAAGUGCUCAUGUUGGCUGCAUAAUCCCAAACAUCAACUAUAGUGACUGGGUUACCACCAACUGGGAGCUGGCAGGAUCUGAAGGAUCAUAUGCGCGAGGCAGGAGAUGUUUGUUUUGCAGAUGUGCAGCGUGAUGGAGAGGGUGUGGUGGAGUUUCUCCGUAGAGAGGACAUGGAGUACGCAUUGCGCAGACUGGAUCGGACUGAGUUCCGUUCACAUCAAGGCGAGACUGCCUACAUCCGUGUCUACGAGGAGAGGGGCACUCCCAACUGGAAUCGGUCGCGUUCUCGCUCCAGAUCCAGGGGUCGCUAUUCACCUCCCUACCAUAACAGAGGAUCUCCCCCGCCACGCUACCAGUCACCUCCACGCCAUGCUAUGUCGCGCCAUAGCCCACCCCCCAGGAGGCACCCUCCACAGCACCAUAGCCCACCGCCACGUCAUUACCGGUAAAAAGGCCAGCCAUUUAUAGAGGAAUUGGGGGAAAAUAUUUUGUAAUUCUACUUUUUAUUUUUAUUUUUUUAACCCCAGGCCUCCUCAUAGGAUACGUCAUAAUUUCUUGCUACAAACAUUCCAUGGUCAUGAUCACCUGAAUACCCUGCUCCCCUCCACAGCCUUAAAGUCUUUUUUCUUUGUUCUGUAAACACCCAUAUGUGUUAUGUGGAAUCUAAAAACAAUUUUUAGCGAGGUAACUAUUUGAUUAUCAUAUAACAUAAUGGAGGUUUCUUUUAUAAAGAAAUCUGGGUUGUGAAGUCAAACCUCGACAUGGUAAUGUCUAAUGUCCAAAACAAGUAACACGAUGAUGCAGCCAUCAGGCUAAAUGUCAUACUGCUUCUUGCUUCUUGACAAGAUUCUCCUUAUUGUGUGUCGCAUUUCUGUAGCUUUAAGUAUGAAGUAUUUGCCAAUCUAAGAACCUGUGAAGCUGAUCAGUAUCCUACUCUGAUUUGAAACGUAAGAUAUAUGAGCCUUUUUAAAGUAGUGACACAUUUACUGUGGGCCUCACCUGUCAGAUUAUUUUUUAAUGUGUGAACCUCUGACCGAGGCGGCCUGUAGGUGGACUUUAAUUUGUAUACGUCUCUAAUGUUGUGUUUUGGUUUUUUUCUUUACCAAUAAAAAGCAAACUUUUA